UAUCCUUCUUGUCUGUCCUGCUCACUCAGACCUCACAGGAAACCUCCAACUCCCCCAACCCUCACGCUCACCUUCACUUCCCACACUUUUUACUUCCCGCCGGCUGCGCUGAGUCUGACCAGAGAGGAUGGCUGCAUCCAUGUGGAGAAUGAAUGGGCUCUGCAGAAGGAUGGCUGGAGUUCUGGUGCUCUGCACUCUGUUACUUAGCUGCCAGGUGAUGUGUCAGGACGAUGCAGUAGAAGUUCCAACAGUUGCACCAGCUGCGGACGCCAGUGCUGCAACAGGUGCUGCAGACCCCGGUGACGCUUCAGGUGCCACUGCUGCUCCAGAUGCAGCUGCCGCUCCCACUGUUGCUGCAGGAGGAGAGACUGGUGCUUCUGCUGCUCCUGGAGAUAGCUCAUUCUUAUCUACCAUUAUAAACAUGGCCCUCAAUCCCGGCGUACAGGAUGUAGGCGUCUCGGUGGUGACCGUUGCCCCUGUUAUUGAUGUAAAAGGCACCGCUGCCGUCACAGACAAAGCUGUUAAAACUGUUGUGCCUGAUGUGACGUGUGUUGGAGAGGAACACCGCCCAGAAACUAAUGCCAUCAAGGCUGUAGUAGAUACAAAAGACUGUGAGGCAACAAAACGUAUCAUUCAGGAAAACCCUGCAGCCUGGUGCAACAAGGAAACCUGUCUUCUAGAAAUCUUCCAAGAUGGCAACAAAGUGUCAGUGGCCAGCAAUGAUGCUGACAAGAGUACCUUGCUUAGUGCCCUCCAGAGUAAAAAUUUGAAAGACAAGCUCGGUUUGCCAGAGACGAAAUCGUCAAAUUACUCUGUAUUUGUUGGAAUUCUCAUCACUGGCCUGCUUGCUGCUCUUGCCAUCACUCUGGGUUACUUCAAAUGCCAACGCAGACCUGACACCAAGGGAGUGAAGCUGGCAGAGGAGGCCUAUCCAGUGGAUCAGGAGAAUCAGGGGAACACUCUUGUGUCUGUGGCCCCUCUCAACCCCCCUCCUGAAACCCCGGAGAAGCCCAGCGUAAAUGGAGAGUCCCCCGAGGCCGCAAAGACUCAGCCUCCUCCUCCCACCAACGGCCAUUCCACCACCAAGACGGCAGACACUGAGCUGUGAAAUAGUCCAAAAAUAAUUGCAGCCCAGGAACUACCCCUACAAACGCACUCAUCCAUACUCACACAAACACACACACGUCUAUGCAAACACACCUCCUUUUCUGAAUCCACUCCUGCCCAACCACACAAGAGGCCACAGCAAAGUGGACAUCAGGGACUAGAUCAGUCUCCCACAUCAACACUCCUACAGUUGCUACAGUCCUCUUGCCUCCUCCUUUGGCUAUGUGCCUCAACAAACAUCAGGAAAACUAGUCUGAUGACGACAAUAACGGCAAAGAUGAAUGAUGUCGGUGAUGACGAAGGCUCAGUCCCUGGGUUGUUGACGGCAGUCAGGCUGGAGUCAAGAGACGGGAGAUGGGCAGUUCUGGGUGCGAAUAGAGUGAAUUCUAGCAUUAAUCAGCACUGGCUCCCAUGAUUACUGCAGCCUCUGGAGUCACGGCAAUGUGCUGUCACACCCAGCAGGUCAUUUGGUUUAAAGCUCCAACCAAAUCCUCUAGUAGUAAAGCACAUAAAUUAAAUUGUUGCUUAGUUUAAUGUAAAGCCAUGAUAGACAGAUAGGAAAUAAAUCACACUGCCUUGGAACCUGUUUACAAACUUCUCAAAGAGAAAAUACAUUGGGCUCGUAUCUUGUGUGUCUGAUUGAGUUAUUGAUUGUGUUAGUGUGCAAACCUGUGUGCGUGAGUGUGCUGCUAUCAAAUCCUGCAUGGGUGUGUUAACAUAUACUUGCAUCUGUACUGUGCAUGGACUGUAUAUAUACAUGCAACUAAGCUUCUCUUGCUUACUGUACUGUAUGUGUGUGUGCUUGAUGAUGAGUGAGAGAUUUUGAUGAAGUAUGUGAGUGAAUGAAGAGUCUGAAUGUGCAUAUAACAUUAGCCAUGUAAAAUGUACAAUUUUGUAAAAUGAGUUGACAAAGCGAUGGCUUGCUGAGUUGCAGUCGGUCCCCACGCAGAGGCAGAGGGAGUUUUCUUGAAGAGGGCUAACCACAAGGAAUGCUUUUACCACAGAAAACUGUGGUGUGAUUAAUCACAAAGCCAACAGGCCUCCUAACUGACUGUUUGACCAACAAACUCAUAAAGGCUUCAGGCCUCUUACUGUCACCUCUGUCCAUCCAUUUGUCAGUGUUAUUCUUAUUUCAAUAUACUGCAUAUGCUCAUCUUGUUUUUAUUCUUUGUAUCCACACUCGCUAUGUUCAUUCUAUGUGCCAAAGAUUUUCAUUUCAUAGCUCAUGUUGUACUUAUACAUAUACUUUGUGGCACCUUCACAAUAUUUGAUCUUGGCUAUAUAACAAAGAAAUAUAUUCUGUUGCUGUUAGAAGGUAUCUAAUGGCUCAAAUCUGUGAUUUUUUUUUAAUUAUUAUUUUUUUUGUCCUGUAAGUAUGAGAUGUCAUUUCUUACUGACAUACUGCGAUUAAACACAAAAGGAAUCUGCAGUAGAUAACUAGAGCAGAAAAACAAUAUGCUCUGUUAUACAAAUGGGAUGUCUUGCAUUGAUUUCUCCUUUUGAUCCAUCUUGUAUUUUUUCAUUGCUAACAUUCCAAUGUGACUGUUCAAUUUUACUAGCACUCUGUAUGUUAAAUUGGAUUGAAGAUGAAAAAAUUAAAAGUGAAAAAUAAAGGAUUUUCUGUGAA